AUGCGACGACGACUGAGUAGUUUUUUUACCGCACCAGGGCAUCUUAUCACCAAAGGCCACACCCAAGGCACCAGUUGUGGUAAUAACAGCAAACAUCAUCACUCUCACAGUCACUCUCACAGUCACGGUCAUCAUCAUCAUGAACCUCUUGAGGCCACGAUGAAAGGACGGCAGUUGCGUCAAUGUCAACUUGUCACAGCUGUUGGUGGCACCACAAAUGUUUUUUUCUGUUUCACUAAAUUAUGGAUUGGCGCCAGUGGAGGAUCUGUAGCUCUGGUUGCAGAUGGUUUUCAUUCCCUUUUCGAUCUCCUUGCAGAUGUUGUAUCGUAUGCAGCACUUACACUAUCGACGAAGCGACUUCCUCGCUGUCGAUUUCCUUUUGGUAUUGGUCGAAUUGAAACGGCUGGGGCCGUUGUGGUUGCCACCAUUUUGCUACUUGGUGGUGUGACGCUUCUCUUUCAAUCUCUUCAAGAGUGUCAGCAGGAAUUAUCUCAUUACAUAAAUGACGGCGAUACUGCCGGUAAUAGUAUGAAUUCUACAAAUAACCACCAACACCACCACGGUAGUAGUAGUAGUAGUAAUAGUAAUAAUAGUAAUAGUAUUAGUAGCAAUGGCGAUAGUGUUCACGAUCACCAUGGUCAUUCUCAUUUUCAAAUGACCCAAAUGGACGAAACAGGGAAAGUGAGAAUAUUGUGGGCUAUGGUAUGGGUCUGUGUUGCGUCAAUUGUCAGCAAAGAACUUCUUUUCCGUUGGACAAAACGUGUGGGUGAACGUGCAGGAUCUAGAGUUGUUGUGGCAAAUGCUUAUCAUCAUCGUGCAGAUGCGUGGUCUGGUGGUGUCGCACUCGUUGGUGUGGCAGGUCAUUUAAUAGGAAUGCCGGGUAUUGAUGGAAUUGCUGGACUAUGUGUAUCGUACAGUAUCUGCCGCAUAGGGUAUAGUGUACUUCGUAAUAGUGUAUUGGAAUUUUUUGAUUUUCAAAACGCUGAUGAGGUGGCAGAGGUGCGAAAAGAGCUUCGGCAAUCACACAGUUCACAUCAUGUGAAUGUUUUCCUCAUUCGCCAUGGACACUCCUACGCAUUACAUGCUACUCUUCUUGUAGAAGCAGAAACACCAGCCGCAACAAUUGUAAAGAUGUCAGCAGACCUCACUGACCUUGCGAAGCAAAGUAUUGCGGUAACCGAUACGUGUACAACACCUCUCGUUUGUGAUCCGCACCAAGAAGCCUCAUUACUUCGUAUAGUGAAACUUGUAGAGGAAUUUCACGGCCUAAAGCCUAUCUCAUGUCAUUGGGAAAAACGCCAAAUUAUUGUUCAUCAGGUGCUUCAAAAUGAGUGUAUGGAAGAUGUACGUACUAUUGCCUCGUUUUUUGGAAUGGAGGUAAUUGUAGAAACCAAUGACUCUGAUACAAUAAGUUCAAAUGGGUGCUGUCAUUAA